AUUGCCGAAACUCAUAAAACUUUCUCAAUGGCUGCUUCCGUUUCUGAGGUGGAUUUCGCAGACGUAUUCGGAGGACCGCCGCGGCGGUUCUCGACUCAGGAAUACCGUUACAGCUUCGGGGGGGAAGCUGAUGAAGAUUCAUCAAAGGCGUCGCCGGAACACGACGGCGGGAGAGAAUCAUCGGUUUUGUGUCGAAACCCUUGGACUGGAUUGGAAGAGAAACCAGUGUUUGGUAGCAACGAUGUUGUGAAUCGGAGGAGAUUUCCGAGCUAUGAUUUCUACGACGAUAUAUUCAGGGGGGGAGAUGACUCCCAUAGCUCUUCGCCUAGAAAGUCCGAUCAGCAUCCGAUGAGCUCUUCGCCUGCCCGUUCUCUACCGCUUCAUUCCGAUCCAUUUGCCACUUCCUUUCCUUCCCAAUUCAGCCUUCCCGCCAAAUCUACAAGAUUGGACUUUUCUAAGGUGAGUUCAAAUAUUGGGUCCGAUGAAGCCUCAAGCUCUUCUCCUGCAAGACAGAAAGAUGAUGAUUUCAGAUCAGAAACUCUAUCAUCUUACCGCCCAAGUCCACUUUCUCAAGAAUACUUCGUUAAUCAUCGAGAGAACAAAUCUGAUGAAAUAAUCAACAAUAAUAAUACAAGUUUGCUUCACUUUUCUAUCUACAAAUGGGCCAGUAAAGGAGCUCCUCUAUCGUUCGUUCCUCUCUUUCGAUCAAACAGCUCAAAAUCGAAUAGAAAUUAUAAAAUGCAUAGAUGUUCAAGUUCUAAUGGAAGGAUUCAAGAUGGUACUAAUAAUAACAUGGCUGAAUUCCUCUGUCAAACUGAAUCUCCUGAAAUUCAUAAAUCAACACCGAUUGAGUUCCCAGCCAGGAGAAAAGAUAAAGAUCUGAAUGAUGAAGAGAAAAAAGGUGACGCAAAAUCAAGUAAAUCUUCUUCUGAUGAUGUUGUACAAAGGGUUAAAUUACCUAAGAAUGAUAGUACCAGUCACGGUUUAGACUAUUCACAGAGAAGGCCUUCUUCAGAGAACCUUAGAAGAAAUCCAUCAAACAAGGGUGAUGGAAUGGUUAAAGAUUUUGUAAAGAUUUUUAACCAACAAGAAGAAUCUGUAAAGCCCCAAAAUGACAUUCAAACUCGAACUCAGAGUUUUCGCUGGAAACAACAUGUUUCAAAUUCUACAGAAAAUCUUCAUGAGAAACAGAACAAGAUUCAUUCAAAGAGUACACAAAAUUCUUUCAGGAGAAACGAUCCAUCAUCAGAUUCUGGUUCAUUACCCAAUCCUUCUACAACCAUAAACAUUGAGAUGGAAGAUCUCAUGGAAGAUAACUUUCAGGUAAAGGAAUUACCCAAUGACCAUGGAAUUAGUACUAACAAUGAGGAUUUGGAUUUGGAUUUGGAUAAUAAAAUUCGGCAAUGGGCAAGAGGGAAAGAAGGGAAUAUUCGAUCUCUAUUGUCAACUCUACAAUUUGUGCUUUGGGAGAAUAGUGGUUGGAAGCCAGUAGCUCUUGUUGACAUAAUAGAAGGAAAUGCUGUAAAAAGAGCCUAUCAAAGAGCUUUACUAUAUUUACAUCCAGAUAAGUUACAGCAGAAAUGUAGUGCUCCUCAUCAAAAGUACAUUGCAGAAAAAGUCUUCAAGAUUUUACAGGAGGCAUGGGAUCACUUCAAUACACUUGGAGCACUUUGAGCAUUCAAACAAGAAUCAAUGACACAUCUUUGUCUUUUUAAUGUCCAUAUCUCUAUAUAGAUUUAGUAGGUAUUUUACUUGGGUGGAGUCAGCUUUUUAUAUUAUUUUUUACCCUUUUCAAGGCUUCAAUUCAAAUCAAAUACAUCAUAUUAUUAUUAUUUUGCAUUUACUUGA